AUGGGUUAUCAAUACUCACUCUUGGCCUUGCUCUUCCUCAGCACCGUGAUUGUUGGUGAAGCGUUUCCUCAAGCCCAACCUUUGGUGGAGCUGAGCGAAUUGGACUCGCAAGAAGGUUCUGGUCUGGGCCCCUCUACUGGUAAGGCCCUUAUUGAUUCCGCCUCAUCGUCUGUUCCAAGCGCCACCACCGCUACAACGGCCUCUGUUCGUACUAGCACAUUUUGGAGAUAUGUUCCCCUCAAUAGCCUCACUAUUGGAGACAUGAUUUCCCAGAAAGAUAAUGAAACGUCAACCGAGUCAUCGGAAUCGGAUGACAGGCCGGUCAAGUUGAAACCACUUGGCCAACCCCAGCAAUGGUGGUCGUAUUUUUCGGGUAAAGGCGAUAAACCCCCACGGGUGAAUGUCGCCAUUCCCAGGACAACGACUCCUAUUUACGAGCCGACCAAAAGUGACGAACCCGAGACAAAUAUGAAUGGGAGUGAAAAUGAUUCACUUGUUCAAGGUAACGGAGAGCAAACCCGCAUUUCUUUGAAUGUGGUGGAUCAGUCCAGUCCAGAUCUGGAAAAGGAGGAAGAGGAACAUCCACUGGAAGCAACGAUCAAAGAAGCAUCGGAUGAUAGGCCUCCUCAAGCCACAACAAUCAAAACGUUCACAACCAAGAGAAGACCACGGCCAACGAUCAACCGAUUCGUGGGAUCAACCAAUUUCUAUCGUCCGAAGCCGUCUAGAUUGACGGCCUUUCUCUCUCAAGCAAAAAGGCCAGUGGCACCGGUUCGAAACGGCUAUCAGAGUUUAGUAAUUGUGAAUCAGAGGACUCAAGCCCAAAGCUCAAAGGUGACCAAGACUCCCGAAAGAGGUAACGAACAGCAGCAGAGUGGCGAAAACCAGACGAAACCUGUUCAAGAAAAUAGACAGCAAGAUGAUAAUGAUGACAACAACGCUAACAACAACAUCAACAAUAACAACAACAACAACGAUUUGGAAAGUGAAACUCUAACGCCAUCAACCGUGAACACCGAAAGCGAUAUCGAAGAAGAAAGUACUUCCCUCCCUGAUUGGUACCUCACGGUUUACCCCAAUUUAGGAACCAAUCGAAAACCAUCGGGUACCAUGAAGCGUCCAGUUAAAUACAGUUCGAGCCCGAGUUUGAAAGAGCGUAUUGCUGAAAACUAUGACGAAAAAAUCCCUUUUCCAACCUUUCUACAAGCUAUUGGAGGAUCAAGUGUGAUUAACACGGCAGAGAGGCCUCACCAGGAUGUCGAGGAGCCCAUUGCAACUUGUUCAGAGGAAGAUGAUGAUGAAGCGUGUGACGAGAAAGAGCCUGACACAGAUACGACCACUUUGGCAGGGUCCGACCGACCGUCAGAUAUUAUCACAGACGAAUCUCCCUCAGUGGAUGAACAAAUCGAGACAUCCACUCUUUCCAACAAUGAGGAGACUUCAGAGACAGGUCUUUCUUUAGCACCAAUCGAAUCCCCAAGCCCAUCCUUGCCGACUUUUGCUCCCCUCAGGCCUUUGUCUUCGACUUCCGUUACACCCAUGGCAUCAACCCCAAGCCCAGUUGUUGUUUCUUCUUCACCUCCCCCGUCUUCUCCUGUUCCCUCAUCCCCACCGUCAACAUUGAUCCAAAGCGAUUUUACGGCAGAGUCUCCAGUUGUAUCCUUUCAGCCGACUUUUGAAAACCAAUUGGACGAUUUGAUCUCAGUAAAUAUCAGAUUGCUCUCCACCUACCAAAGUCAAGUGAAUCUUCAGAAACAGAUUUUGGACAAGCUGCGAAAGCUGAGGCAAUCUGUUGCGUCCUCUUAG